ACGCUUGCCCAUUUGGCAUCGGGGGCACGCUUCGGGUGUCGGGAGAGCUCGUAGAAGCGUUCUCCGCGGACCUACCUGAGUUUGAGCUCCUGAAGUUUAAAGCCAGACGCGGCGAGUCCAAAUUCACCACGCUGUGGGAGGCGUUGGCCUUGCUUGUGGCCUGUCGCCUGUGGCUACCCAGGUUUGAAGGGAAAGCCAGAAUUCAUUGUAAGAGCGACAGUUUAGCGCUGCUGCUCUCGCUAGUGAAGGGACGGGCAAAGGCACCAGACCUAGCCGUCGUCUCCCGCGAGUUUUCCAUCGAUAUGGCCAGGGACAAGGCGCAACGCUGCGAGUGGGCAGGGGGCAGUUCACCAGCAUCCCCGUUCACAGCAGGGCAUGCAACCUGUCUCAGUUGGGCACACGUCAGCGCCAUGAGAGGCUCAAAGAGGACGGCUCCUCCGGACCUCCCGGUGCUGGGUGCCCAUGAUAGGAAGAAGGGACCAUUCCAGCCACUGCGGGAGGGAUUUGCCAUUCCCAGACGGGACGCCCAACCUUCCGCCAAGGUGGAGGAGCGUCCCUCGUCGGGAGGCGGUCCCAAACCGUACGGCCGGGGUUCCGCCGAGACUGCGCUAGCAUGCAUAACGGACCCUCGGUCCUGCAGCAGUGCGCUCAGGGCAGACAUUAGCGCUGCAACCACCAAGGGGCCCACGGCCUCCAGAAAGCAACUCUGGGCAGCCCUGGCUACAAAAGCCGGCUACGAGGACCCAUUCUACCUUGAGCCGGACCGCAUCUUCGAGGUGAUGGGUGCCCUCAAACUUGCUGGGUUCCGUUCUGCGCAGCUGUACCUGGACACGGCCAAGUCCCAGCACAUUGCGGCCGGGUACGGCUGGACCUCUCAGCUGCAGCAGGCCUACAGAGCCGCAGUGCGUAGCUGCAAUCGUAACCUGGGUAACCCUAAGCAAGCCGCUCCGUUACCCCUGGCAGAGUUAGCAAGCCUACAGGGUGAAGAGCCACUUGCCCGCUCUGGACCCAAGUGGCCCGCGCGCUCGGCUCUGUUGGCAUCCUGGUGGCUCCUCCGGGAGAUUGAGGCGUCGAACUCCAUCCGAGGCCACAUCACGGUUCACGAGGAGGACAAGAAGAUCGACUGGCGCCUUCCCAACUCCAAAACCGAUUGGAGAGCGUUGGGAGCCACCCGGAGCCACACCUGCUCUUGUGAGCUCGCUCCGGUUGCACAGUGUCCCUACCACAACAUGGUGGACCAUCUGGCCGAGCUGGGCAAGGACCCGUCCACACCGAUUUUCCCAGCCGCCGAUGGAAAUCCCGCGUCUAAAACCGGGUGGGCUGACACAUUUGAGGAGCUGGGCAAGAUCCUCAAGCUGCCGGCACACAGCUCGAGCAUCUGGAGCAGUACACCUGGCAGCAAGUCAGGUAGAACUUUGGAGAAUCCAGCUGUUUGGGCGCUGGGCAGCCAAGUCUUCCUGCAGCACAUCAGAGAUGCACCUCUGAAACAGCUGGACAAGUUAGCAUUGGAGACAUCGGUUCACUUGUCGCUGUCUACGGCAAAGGCUCAGCUCCAGGACUUGAUGCGCAGGGCACAAACGGGGUUGGCAACAACGCUGGCAUGCCCGACCCCGGACAUGCUAGGGGACUGCGAAGCAUCAAUUGGGGACUUGGAGCCUCCCAAGAUCACGGACCCCAUCGUCAUCAACCUCAACGGAGGAAAGACCCAUCGGUCAUUAGUGUACGGAGAUGAUUUUCAUCCCAAAGAAUGGAGAACACGGUGUGCUUGGCGAUUUGGCGGGCCACACACCAAUUUUGAAAUCUCCAGCGAUCUCCCUGACCCGAAGGUCGCUUGCAGGAAGUGUUUUCCGGAGCUGAAGAGCCAAGCAGCGUCGUCUUCCUCGGGGUCCUCCUCUUCUUCUUCGAAGGUGGGGCUUCAAUCGCCCGCCCGACCACGCCCUGAAAAUGGGGUAAGGGCACAGUUUGAUCUACCUGUCUUGGGUGCAGAUCCGAAAAGGAGAUGUAACAGACAGGUCCUGAUGUGGAGGAUUUUGUUCCGGCAACGCCCAUGUCAAGUCUUCCUGCGACGCAGGGCAUCUCCAAGCGGCCAAAGCGGCCUCUUUUCGAGAUUGUUUUCGAGAUCAGAGGCCAAGCGGCCACCAAGCGCCCACCAAGCGCCCACCAAGCCACCACCAAGCGGCCAAGCGGCUUGUUUUGUCCAUGCCAAACGCUUGAAUUUUGCCGACCGGCUUGGACUCCUGGACCAAUACCCAGAUCCUUUGUCAUCUUGUGAGGGCGGAUCGAGACCAUCCACCCCAAGCUUGCGGCCAGACGGUGGGUGCGCGGGCCUGCUGGCAAGACACUGCGGUCAGUCAGGCUUCGGUGGCUUUGUCUACGCUUGCAAGAGAUAUGGAGACGACUACGCCUUGGCAGCAAAGGCGUGUGUGCCCAGAGGCAUGGCGCAGCAGAAGAAAUGCGCGCUGAAGCCCAGCUCCUUCGCAGCCUAUGUCAUAGCUGCUUGGUGGAUGGUGGACCUUGGCGGAUGUGCCAAUGGUUCACGAACGGACAAACGACAAGCGGUGUCAACGCAAUACCAGCAGGUUUUUGAAAUUGGGUUGAGGGAAACGGCUAACGUGAACGGCUUGGUGCACAUAGUUCGGCAAAUGGCAGAGGCAGUGAAAUACCUGCACAGUUUGUCCAUUGUCCAUCGCCAGAGGCUGAGGCUAAUUGUUGAUCCUCAAUGUCAUGUCGUUCUGGCAGACUUUGGUUCAGCCUGCAAGAUUACGCAGACUCGCUUGGCCGACCAGGUGGGAACCAUGGUCUACUGGGCUCCAGAGAUGUACGACAAGAACUAUGGCUUGAAGGUGGAUGUGUGGGCAUUGGGGAUUUGCCUCCAUUGCAUGGCUAGCAAUGCCUUUCCUUUCGAUGAUGAGCAGCAAGUCCGUACAAAGGAAAUCGGCCUCCACAGUAUCAGCUCAUCCUGUAGAGAUUUGAUUUCAACGAUGCUUGUCAAGGCCGAAGCGGAUCGCAUCAGCAUGGAAGAUGUCCUCUGGCAUCCAUGGCUCACAGGAUACAGAAGACUCAUCACCUCUUUGGAAGUUGAGUUGUUUCCUGAUGUCAGUGAGUGGCGACUUCCCUCCUUCUCACGCCCCCGCAAGACCAAAAGGAUUUGGCCCUUGGCAUUGGCAUCGCUUAUUAGUGGCAUUUGCGUUGCAAAGAUGGCUUUGCGAUUUUGCCCAGGUUGGGACAAUGCAGCACCUUGGAAGCCUCCAGGUAUACCUGCCUCUUACUUGAAGUUGAAAUCCAAUCCCCUGUUGCCCAGUCAAAUGGCUGUCAUGCGAGGCUGCGGGGAUGGCCAGCUAAGGAAGGCGACAGAACUUCUCCAACCUCUUCCGAUGCAAGUGCAGUUGGCACCACAAGGCGUCGCAGGCAGCGGAAGCACAGUGAAGAGGAUGGUGCCUCUGAUUCGUCUGGCUGGACUAUCGCGUCCGCAACUCGCAACAGGGUCCUUCUGUGUUUUCCAAGCCAUCAGCUGCACCACCGGAAUCCACAAGAAGGUUCCGUUGCCCGCAGGGCCAGCAGGGCCCGUAGAGCCCGUGGAGCGGGAAGGGCUCUUCUCUAGCGGCAAGGAUUGCCCUUCAUCCAAGCCAGACGGACUGUCAAACAGUGGUUUUAUCAGGCCUGACUUGGAACUACCGCCUCCUGUGGAGGAGACCAAGGAGAACUCCAAGAAGGACACAAAGGACACGAAGAAUCCCAAGGAGACGGAGAAAGACGAGAUGGACGAGAAGAACGAGAAGGCACGGCUGAAUACCCAGAAUCCGCAGUUCUUCCAGUCAGGCACCAGACCUGAAGCACAUUUUCUCAGCUCCGCAAAAACUGCAGCCAUGAGUGACCGCAAGCGCAUGAGCAUCGGGGCAGUGACUACGCCCAUUCUGGGAUCGCGAUCUAGUGCCACCACCGAAAGAGAGGCUGGCAUUGCUGAGGUUUUCACCAAAGCCAGCGAAGAGAAACUGAAAGCCCUUUACGUGACCUCUGUCACUGACCGAGACCUUCAGGGUCGGCAGAGCUUUGCCGAGAAGGACAGGGUGGUUCUUGCACCACCAGGAUAUGAGGAGCAGGAGAUGGAAGACUGGGUAAGACAAUGCGUCGGAUUCGGUUGCAAAAAGGGCUUGAAGCCAGAAAGCCCUAAUCAGGACAGUUUCUCCCUAGUCGUGGUAGAGAACGACUUUGCCAUGUAUGGGGUUUAUGAUGGUCACGGUCCAGCAGGCCACGACUGCUCAGACCUGUCCUUGAGGAAGCUCGGCAGCGCCUUUCUGAAUGACCCGGACAGAGAGAGAGAUCCUGGUGCUGUUCUCACGAAGGUUUUCCUCGACACACAGGAGAUCCUCAUGAAACAGGGCAACUUUGACACCAGUGGUACAACUUGUACUAUUGUGUAUCACGACAAAAAGUUGGACAAGCUCACGAUAGCACAUGUGGGCGACAGCCGAAGCGUGCUCGGCAAAAAGAAGGAUGAAUCUUCACCUUGGGAGAGCUUGGAGUUGACAACAGAUCAUAAGCCAGACCUUCCCAAGGAAAAAGCACGUAUUGAAAAUGCGAAUCCUCCGGGCCGUGUCGUCUUUGAUGGCUAUUACAACCAUCGCGUCUUUGCCCUGAAUGGGAUGUAUCCAGGUCUGAACAUGUCUCGAGCCCUGGGUGAUGUCAUUGCACACAAAGAGGCGGGCCUCACUGCUGAGCCGGACAUUUGCGUCAUCGACCUGAAGGCAGAACGCGAAAAGUAUGCCAAGUUGAUGCUCUUGAUUUGUACUGAUGGUGUUUGGGAGUUCAUUCUGAGCCAGGAGGCUAUCAACAUGGCGCAGAAGUUCACAGAUUGCCAGCAGGCGGUGGAUAGACUCAUGAAGGAAAGCUGGGACCGAUGGAUGAAGGACUCUGAUAAUGAAAUUACUGACGACAUCACCGCCGUCAUGGUGUACCUGUGA